CAAGUACCAAGAAUCUGCUUGCCAAGCAGAGAUUGAGGCACUGAGGAAUUGCUGCAAGAAAUGGAGUAAAGAAUCUGGAUGCUGCGCAGGAGUCAAGUUAGAGGAGAAUGAUCUCGUGAAAGACAAGGCUCAUGUACCUAAGAAGUAAUGUCGAAGUCGAAACCUGUAAAAACACCCUUUCCAAAAGCCAAGAUUGAUUUGCCGAGUUCAUACCGCUCAGGUCCCACGGGUUCUCAAAGGCCAGGAAGGGAGACAUUGUUCCCAGAAGGAUCAAAUUCAAGGUCAAGAUUACUGCAACAAGAUCCCUCUCAGUAUCAUUACAACCCGGAGAGUGUGAAGAAUAACAAACUUAAGGUUAGCCGUUUUCGUCGGUGGAUAUAUCGCAAUCCUCGCAGGUUUCAGGUUAUUGGUCUUGGUCUUGGACUGACAAUUUUCUUCAGUCGUCCUUUGUACGACAUAUUUUUAAGGGAACAUAUUGAAGGUCCAUUUGUAACUAAGAUGGAGUCUGUUAAGAAGGCACAAAGUCGUCUGCGAAAUUACCCAAAACUUGUUGCAAACUGUGCACCUGUAGCAACUGAAUAUGCACGUUGUGUGGCUUUGAAAGGAAAUGUACUGAAAGGAGAUUGUACUCAAGAGUUUGAUGCAUUUAAAAGGUGUAUUUUAGAAUCUGCCAAAAAAAUGAAAACAAAAAUUUGAUUUGGAAAUACUAGGCAAAUUGGAAAAAAAAGAAAAUACUGGAUUUGGUUAUAAGUGAAAGACUUUAUAUAAAGCACUUUAUGCAUAAAACCAGAGUUGGGAUUGAAUAUUUCACACUGCCUCAUUGAGUUGUUUAGA